AUGCAGCUGUCUGAAGCCCACAUCGCGGGCGUGGGCAUAGCAGAACAUCAAUCAUCUUCAAGCCUCCAGAGCCUCGCCAUCUCAGCCUCGAUAAAAGCUCUAAUAGACGCCGGAGUCACAUACAGCGACCUUGAUUCCCUCGUACUAGGCUCAUGCCAAGACCGGCCGAUACCAAGGUCGGCACUUCAAGCCCUAGGACAAGAAGGCGCACCAAUAUACGAGGCAGACAAUGAUUCCGCCUUGUCGACGGCAUUUGCAUGCAUACGGUCUCGAUCAUCAAACUGCUCGCUUGUCCUUGGUCUGGACAGAACAAAUGGACAGGGGAACGUAGUAGUCGCCACCAUCGUGGUGUCAAACCAUUUCCUUACCUCUCACGCCUACCUGAAGGACCAAGCAAUCAGUGUUCUCGGCUCCUCGCUCUCCAGUAAAGCCUCUCAGGACGCCUCUGCUAUUCUCCGGAGGACAAUCGAGUCUGCUCUCCGACAAGCACGACUCGGAUCGAAAGACCUACAGGUUGUCCAGGCCCAAAAUGUGACCAAAGAUACUGCAGUAGGCAAGGCGUUGGCAGCAAAUCAUGUCAUACCGCCCUUGGGUCAGCCGACAGCUGAGCUGGAUGGUUUGAUGGGUACAGGUGCCAGCGUAGAAACGUCAGUAGGAGAGACUGGUCUUCUCGCACUGGUGGAUCUAGUUUACCGCCUCCGCGGCUGGUCCCACGCUCCCAACAAGCCAGUUCCUCUAACCCAACCGCAGCACGUACUCCACUAUACACUCACACCGUCUUCAACCUCCAGCGUCCUAAUCCUUGGUCGCUCAGAUGGCAAGCCUGCACCCCUCUGGAAUGCCGUGAAGAGCAUCCGCGACGGUCGUGAGCGAUUAGGCUACAAUCCAGCCAUGGAGAAUCGAGGAGUAACGACCGAGGAUCUGGAAGCAGUGAUAGGAAGGAAGGGAGGUAUGCUGGCGGAAGCGAAGCAAUUGAGCUUACCUGCCAAGGGAGGUGAUCGCGCGGCAUUGGCGAGGUUGUAG